GCCAGUUGCUCGUGGAACGAAGAACGAAAUUAAUCCAAAAAAACAAAGACCGCUACUCUAUAGACAAAUAAUAGAAAGAGUAGAGUGAGUCGCGUGGUAGACAGUUCUUUGGACAAGUGGUGAUCGGCUUUAAUGUCGUAUGAAUUGUAGCAAUAUUUGGCAAGGCAUUAUACUUAUCCCGAGUCCACGCGUGUGUGAUGCAUGGUUACAUAGUACAACAAGGCUGGCUACUAAGCCUGCUGUUUUGUUUGUCAUGAAUGCGUGGCGAAAUAUGGGAAGCUUAAAAGAUAUUCGUUGACGAGCGCCAAAGCUACACGAAUACCAUAUACGGCCACCGCUUCGCUUUAUUCACUGUCUCUUUCUCUCUCUCCUUUUUUCUCUCUUGACUACUGUCUCCUGGAGUACAUGAGUUCUCGGGCAACGCAGGCUACAUUUUAUGAUGAACUGGCACAAUCUACGCUAGUAGCAUGUUGGGAGACGAUCCACCUUACCUGUCCGUUGGCACGGAAGUCAGUGCUAAAUACAAAGGAGCCUUUUGCGAGGCCAAAAUUCGAAAAGUCGUCCGCAGCGUUAAAUGUCGAGUGACCUAUAAACAAGGCCUGGGUACUUCCACAGUCACUGAUGAUCAGAUUAAAGGGACCUUGAGAGUUGGAGCAUCUGUAGAAGCCAAGCACAAUGACAGGAAGGAAUAUGUGGAUGCUACCAUUACCAAGAUUCAAGACUGCAGUCAGUAUACCGUUGUGUUCGAUGAUGGAGACAUUACUACCUUGAGGAGAACAGCUCUCUGCUUGAAGAGUGGUAGACAUUUUGCAGAGAGUGAAACUCUAGAUCAGCUGCCUCUUACACAUCCAGAGCACUUUGGGAAUCCUGUCAUAGGUGGGAGACGUGGUAGAAGGUCUAGACAAACUCAGGAUGACAGUAGCGACGAAGAUGAUGAUAUACCAAGGGGUAGCAAUGAUUCAGGUUCUACUUCUGGGGGUAAAGAAGGUCCAGAAACAGAACCUGAAAUUGGCAGAGUAGUUUGUGUAGAACUUGGAGAUAAGAAAAAAAAAGAUAACUGGUUCCCUGGGUUAGUUGUAGCACCGACUGCUCAAGAUACUGUAAGAAUUCGAGUUCGUGAUGAAUAUCUCGUGAGGUCUUUUAAAGAUGCUAGAUACUAUACUGUGCCGAAGAAAGAGGCCACAGAAUUCACAAAAGACUUGGUCAAUAAAAUAGAAAAUAGUACUUUGAAAGUAGCUGUUGAGAAAGCUUUAUUGUUUUUGGAAAAAAAUGAGUUACCUCCUCAUUGGGAUAGAGAUUCGUUAUUUGGAACUGCUGUUUCAAGUGGCAAUAGUGACUCUGAUGCAGAAUUAGAUUCAGAUAGUUCGGACGAUGAACCGCGCGAAGAGAAAGAUCAUUUCGUAGCUCAGUUAUAUAAAUUCAUGGAUGAUCGAGGCACACCAAUAAAUAAUUGCCCAAUGAUUGGAAACGAAGACAUUGACUUAUACAGAUUAUUCCGCGCUGUAUAUAAAUUGGGUGGUUACAACCGUGUAACCAAUCAAAACCAAUGGAAACUUAUAACGCGACGUUUGGGAUUUUCGAUGCAAAAUAACGCCUCGACACACAAUCUAGUAAAACAAGCGUAUAAAAAGUUUCUUCACUCGUUUGAAGAUUUCUAUAGGAAACUGGGCUGUACAAUGGUGAAUCACCCCAGAGGUAGCAUGAGAAAACAACGACCCGGUCGCAGUCUUAUUCGUGAUAAAGAUCGCAAUACGCCAGUACCCACGCAAGAUAAGCCACUCAUCAGGAUUGAAAAAGAAGAAGAAGAUAAAAGAAGUGUCAUGUCGGCGGAGGACGAUGUGAAAAGGGACAAGCGAGAAAUAAAGAAAGAGAUUAUUAUAAAACAGGACGAAGAAGCAUUGACCAGUAAAGUUAAGCGAAAGGACGAGCCAAUCGACGAAAGUGCCAGCGGGCAAGACAGUGACAUUAAUAUCGAUGCCGAGGAGGAAUCUUCGUGCAGCGAAAAGUCGCUGAAGAGCUCUUCGAGACUAACUCCGUCAAGUGGCAUCGGCACCAAGUCAAAAGUAACAGCCAAAGCCAAGGAAGAGCCAUUCCGGAAAAAGCAGCAGCCGUUAGCCGAAAAGAAAAAGCUUGAAACAAAAAGACCAGAUAAAAAGGAAGAUAAGAGUGGCCUUAAAGACGAGGAAAGCACGAAGACGAGAUCAAAAUCAAAGGACGAUGUCGUAAAUCAGCGACCACUGCCAUCAUCACAACAGCAGCCUUCGCAACCUCAACAGCAACAGCAACAACAGCAACAACAGCCGCCACAGCAACAGCAAACUGUAAAAUUAAGUUCGUUGCCACCCAACGAUAGCCGAGAAACAAAGACGCCAUCGAGAGAGACCGACAAGAAACCCGUCACGAGCAAGAUGCGUAAAUUAACGGAAGAGGAAAUGAAGAAGCGUGGUCGCAAAAAGAAGGAAGUAGAGAGUGUAGCGUCUGCGGCCGCUGGUGCGGCAACAGCGGAAAGAGCAAUGAGAGCAUCCCAAGCAGAAGACAGACAAACAACAGAAUAUGCACCAACGUAUAAAGGUCCCGUAGAGUUGGGUGACCGACUGAAAGUAUACUAUGAUUCUAAAAUGACCUAUGAGGCCAAAGUGAUUGACAUAGAAAAGGACGGCGUGGAGGCCGUUUAUUUGGUGCACUACACCGGUUGGAAUACUAGAUACGACGAAUGGAUCAAAUGUUCGCGAAUCGCGCAAAAUUUCACCCAAAGCCAAGGAAGAAUAAAGCGCGCUAAGGCACAAGCCCGACCGCCUACCCCUGGAACGAGCGUUAGAGUCAGUAGUAGUGGCAACGUAAAUAAAGCAGCGACCCCUAGCACUUCAUUGAGUGGACGAAGACGCGCUGUGAGCGUUGCUCCUUCCAGCAAAGAUUCGGAAGAUCGUGCGAGUACGCCAGUUUCCCGAACUAAGAGCCCGGCGAGCACAGCAGCGAGCAGUCGUACUAGUGCUAGACAACUCGCACGUAGUCAGCGCCGUGCAUCUGGUCACGCUGAGCCCGUCAACGCCACUCCCAGCGGCGGGCACGAAUCCGAGGACAGCGAGGACAGUGAGUCCGCGGCUGAGUCUGACGUGAGCACAGCCGAGGCUCAGCCACGCGAGUCGCGCUCGCGUUCUCGACCACAACAACAACAGGCACCUCCACCGCCGCCACCACAAGAGCGAGGACGGCGGGAGGCUAGACGUCGUGCUGAGAGCCGCAUGAAGAUCGAGGAAACUAGUGACCACGAAGACCCCGAUAAAGACUCGGAGGAAGCAGAUAUGCAGCCGCAGAGCAGUCGUCGAGGCCCUAGUAGAAGACUAAGGAAACCUCCUGGUGAAACUAAAUCUGCCGCAAAAGUCAACGACGAUGCGAUGAUCAAGUCCGAGCCCGAUACCGACACCGACGACCAACCCAAGGGUCGCGAUUUCGACCUUAACGAGAUCAGAUCGGAACUCAAGGGAUUCGAUAAGGCCGUUAAACUCGAAAUUACGAGUAACCAACAAGAAGCUAUAACGGCAGCUGAUCAGCAGCAGCAACCCGUGGUUCCGAUCAAACUAGAGAAGUCUGAGCCUGAAACUCGAGAGAGCGUCGAACAAAAGAUUCUUCCAGGGCAGAUUGACGCUAACUCUGUUAAGUGUGAGCAGACCAUCAAACUCGAGGCAAGCCAAGCUGACAACACUGAGGAUAUCUAUGAGUUUAAAGAGCCUGAGCCAUUCGAGUUUGAGGUGAGAAACAAACGAGACUCAUCCGGCAGUGAAAAAGAUAAGGAAAAAGACAAAGACAAAAUGAGAAAGCGUGCACUAGACGAAGAACUAAAGAGCCCAAAGAAACGACAAAAGGGCGUAACUCCUACAACUUCAGUAAAGGUCGAUACAAAACUGGAACAAACUGCUCAAGCUACAGAGAGUAGCGAAAGUAAAAAGAAAUCACGUAAAAUAUUCAAGAAAAGCGAAGACGUCGACGACGAGCCUGACUCGGAAGAUUCCGCCAAGUAUGCACCGGUAACUUUUAGUAACAGUAUCUGCGCAGGUAGUGUUAUCGCGUAUAACGCAAAGGUCAAAAGAAUCGUUGACGACAUUUUAAUAGACGAGCCAGACAUCGAAAAUGACGUUAAAGCAAGAAAAAUCAUUACUUUGGACGAGGGAGAUGCCAAGGGAACUCCAAAGAAACGACCAACCAAAAACUUGCUUUCGAGCAGUCCUGCCAUAAGUAAAGCCAGCGAAAUAUCGAGCUCUGAUAACACUGAUGCCAAGAAAAGACCGCGUAAAGUUUUCGGGAAGAAACUGGACGAAGCGGAAGACGACGAGGAAGACUCGAGCAAGGAACUUGAUAAAUUCUUUUCCAGCUACACUCCCACCAAACCUGUGCGUAAGCCCGAUUCAAUUCCGGAAACCAGUCGCAUGGCACCUGAAAUUAAGGAUGUCAAGAUGAAGAAAGACGAGGACUUAGCAGCAAAGGGCGUGAAAAAGAGACAAAAGCCGAGUGGAGUUCCAGGCAGUGAGAUCAUCGAGACAAAGAAAAAACCAUUAUCGAAGCGCAUGCCGAAAAGAAAUUACGAUGACAGCGAGAGCGACGAAGAUGUUGGACCUCCAAAGCUAACACCAGUAAAAUAUUUAUCCCAUUACUCCGGCCCAAAAGCCAAGGCGGCCUUAUCAAGCGAGACUGAGAGUGUGCAAGAUCGCACCAUCAACAAGUCUGCUGAACCGAAAAAAUUGUCUUCCUUCUCGAGUUUGACGCCGGGCCACGAAGUUGACGAAAGCAAUAGGUCCAAAAUAACAGCAGUAGAAACAGAUAAGAAGCGCGUUGAGCAAUCAGGUACAGCGAACAAAGCAGAGCCAAAACAGGAGAUGAAAGUUCUUGAUUUCACCCCCGUCGUUCCACAUUCUCUGCCAGUGCCAGCUCCUAUCAGUGCGCGUCUUCCUGCGACUGCUAGUAUUGAAGAGAAACUUUCGCUAGCUGCCGCCUCGGUAUUCCGUGCCAAAGUCAAGGACGCGAAACGUGAUGAAGAGCCGCCGAAUGAAACUGUAGUACGAAAGGUGGUAAAAGAAAUGAUCAAAAAGACCGAACCAGCUCCAAGUAUCAAAAAGGUUAAAGAUAAGGAUGAAAGUAAAACCAAACACGAGUCGAUUGACAAGAGAAAGCAACCCGAGCAAAUAAUUCCGAUAAAAGAUCCUCUACAAGACUUCGAGCCACAUCACGAUCCUUUGCUAGAGGUGAUUAACAAGAGGGAGGAGGAGACUGCCAAAACAUUGAUACCCUCCGUUGUAAAAACCUACGCUAAUCAGAAAAAGAUCGAGCAAACGGCAAAAACAGAAGAAUCCUGGAAGAAAACUAAAGCAGCGACGGUAGUAACCGCACCGACGACCUCCAUCGGCGAAGCUAAUAAGGAUUACAUAGGUCUUAGAAGGGAGGUAGUUCCAAACAAGAUGAAGCCGAGCAUUGAUCGUGAUUCCGUUGAUUCAAGCGAUUCGAGUGACUCUGAAAGGCGACUUACAAUUAUCGAUAGUGAGGAUGCAGCAGAUGAUAAAUGCAUUGAUUUCAAUCUUGAAGCAAAAGUCGCCAAGCCACCUGUUGAGACUGUUAACACCUGCUAUAACGCUAGUACUAACCGUGGCCCACAGGAAAAAUCAGUCGGCAUUGGUUUAGUCGCUUCCGUGAUCCAAGCCAAAAUUGCAAGGAUAGAAGAGGACGGAGAAAAUUUGAAUUCGCUUCUGUGCGAGGAAGAAAUACCUGGAUCGCCGACUCCUAGUAACGAUUUACCUGAACACGAGCCUAAAACUUCAAUCAGCGCUCAAAAUCUACUUCAAAGUGAGAUCGCAAAUAAAGUAAGCGGAAGUAGCAUUGCCGGAACACAAAUACCCCUUAACCAGCAACAAGCGUCAAGUUUUACAGUAGUGUCGGCCGCUGGUAGUAGCGUAGCUGUUUCCCAAAGUUCCAAUAGCAUUAUCCCCAUGUCUACCCAAGUGAGCAGUACUUUACCUCUCCGCCAGCCUCAAGGUCAACUUCUAGGAUAUCAGCAGCAGCAGCAGUCACAAGCACAAUCAACACUACCGGCACCGAUGCAAUCGCAAGUCGCGCCGGUCGUAGCAGCUUUGCAAGUCGUGGCUGGGCUAGCAGUGCAGCGCAGACAGAGUAGCGAAGCAGCGCCGGUCACGGAUAACACUCCACCAACAACACCCGAUUCGACCAUCUCUAAUGUAUCUGGUUCACCACGGGACGAAAGAACCGGUGGUUCCACGCUUUCAUCGUCCGAAGACAAUAAUGGCAAGACCAACAGCUCGGAAGCGGAGAACGAAAGCGCCGGGACUAGCAGCAAGACAGUUGGAGCCCCCGCUGCAGUGAAAAUCGAGGAUGGCAGAUUACCGUUACUUAGCCCUGAAUUUUCAGUCGAGACGCAGCCACAUUCCUCCAAAUCCACGGUAUCCAAGAGAGGAGCUAUACCGGAUUCCGAAAAUAUUUCGCCGAAAAAGCGUAAAAAACGAAAAGAUCAGGAUACCUCUGCAGCCACCUCGUCGUCUCCAGGCCCAAGUAAUGUUUCGGGAAAAAAAUCACCCAGACAAGCUACGCGACAUACACGUGGACAAACCAUUGGCAGUGACAGUGAUGACACCAGUGAAAGCUCUACGCAAUAUAACAAUAGUACUUCGGCAAUGCCAGUCAAUACAUCUAACGCUGUUACGAUAGGAUCAAAUGUAAUCACUGGCAUGAACAGUAACAGUAUCGCCAGUUUCUCCACCAAUUCAAAUAGACCCAUGAGAUAUAACUUUCUUACGGAUUUGGAUCCUAAUUUAGAUAGCAACCAAAGAAUUCAAGUACUGAUGCAAAGGAUAACUGAUCUCAGAAAAGCUUACGGCAACUGUAAAGUGGAACUCGCAGCUAUCGAAAGACGUCGAAAAAAAAUUAAACGAAGAAAACGUGAAGCUCAAAAAGCAGCUAAAGCUGAAAUGCAACAAGCAUGUUUGUGAUGAGAGUGAUAACAAUGGUUUAUGUUGCUAUGUAUACAAAAAGACCUUUGUACGUGAGAAUUGCAAAUGAUUUCAUAGCAAAGUAUCUGUUGAGAAAUCACAAACUCUUCACUCAUUUUUACUUGAAAAUAAUUGUCUCUGCAAUUUUUUCAUCGAGGUAAGGUAAUAUUAUCCCAAUUAGAUUAAAAGAUACAUAUUAUAUUGUUUAUUAAAUCAAGAGAAUUGUAUCAAAAGAACUUUUGUAUGUACUAAUCUGAUUGAUACUACUCUCCAUAGAGAGUAAAAUUGAUUUUUUCACUAAAUGAAAUCAAUCAACAAAAAUGUGUAAUGAAAAAGCGUUUUUCUAUUUUAUAAUAGAGGACAUUUAGAUACUUUGAUAUUGUAAAUGAUUUGUACAAAGAAAUUAUAUAUUAAUUUACUUGUAAAGAAGGAUUUUAAUUUUUAUAUAUGGCAUGUGUCUUUCUUCAAUAAGUAAAAACUGAAUUGAUUGUCAUUGAAUUUGACUAAUAUAAAUUUAAGCGAAUGAUACAUUUUAAAUUUGAUUUUUUUGUUGAAGAGCAAGCCACAUAUACAGCUGCAAAAAUGCAAAAAUAUGUUUAAAAAUACCAUCGUCACAUUUUCUAUGAAUUAAUAUAUACUUUGAUAUGUUUAAGUUUGUAUAUGAAAUUACAAGUUUACAACUCGAGUUAACUUAUAAAAUUUCUAUAAUUUGUACAUAUACAUACUUAAGAUAGUAUUAUACAGUCUCAAUCUUUGAGUAUCGAGUACUAGAUUUUAAUUUUCAUGCUUAUUUUUUGUAAUUCUAUAUAUACUUAUUGUAAUAAAAAAACCUUUUUUUGUCAUGAAACGCAAUAAUAUAAUGCAAUAAGUGAAUAAAAGCUUUAUGUGGGUGAAAAAACUUUAACUUGUAA